AUCACCAGGUCAGAUCAUGAUGAAGGUACUGGUAUUAGCGCUGUGUCUCACGACCGUCUGGUCUCUGCAAUGUUACCACUGUGACACGAAGGAGGACGAUGUGACUGCUUGCGGCAAAUCAGUCUGCAAUGGACUUAAAGCAGUGUGCUACAAAAGAGAGUAUUCCUUUGACGAUGAAGAUGAAGAGCAGUACGAGGAGCGGGGGUGUGUGGAGGAUGAGAAGUUCCUAGACGGUACAUGCGACACCACGCUGGAUACUCUGAUGGAUGAUGUUGACAGUUGUAAGAUCUAUACUUGUGCUGACAAUAGAUGCAACUCCUCCAACACCUUCGCCGCCUCCGUAUCACUCCUCUCCGUUCUAAUUGCAUCCAUCCUUCUUUGAAAUG